AUGUCUGGCGUUCGAAACAUCACGGUUCCAUGGGUACCGUUAGACGAGUUCGAUUGGUCGUUCGCGCGCACCGGCCCGCUGCCCUGGAACUUGACGGUCUGGUGUCUUCUCGCCGUCUUCACAUCCCUCCCAAUCUGGAUGACCGUCGAGCUGACCGCCUGGGUCCUAUAUGCAUUUGAGCGAUGGAGCGGGAUUUAUUUCUGGUCCGUCCUGGUUACGACGUGGGGUUUGACGAUCCGCGCCGUCGGUUUCCUCCUCAAGUUCUGCGUGCCGCAGGCGAACUGGAUAUUGACAUAUGUGCUAUCCGAGGUUGGUUGGGUCAUGAUGGUGACAGGCUUUAGCAUCGUCCUUUGGUCCCGGCUACACCUUGUGAUUCCGCCGGGCACACCGAUCCUGCGUAUCGUACUCGCCAUGAUCAUAAUCGACGGGUUCUUAUUUCACGUGCCAACUGUCGUAUUUCAGUACUUUAUAUCGAACGCAGCGACGCAUGCGAAGUAUCUUCCCUACAUGAACGUGAUGGAGCGUGUUCAGGUCCUGGCGUUCUCAGUGCAGGAGGCUAUCAUCUCUUCCGUCUACAUCUGGGGAACGAUGCAGAUGCUCAAAUUGUCACUCAACGCUAAGGCUAAGAACACAUUGGCAUUUCUUAUCAUCGUCCAGGUAGCUGUAGUUCUUGCCGACAUACCCGUCAUCGUGCUCGACUACUGCAACUACUUCACGCUCAAGGCCGUCAUACACUCGUUUAUUUACGCUUUUAAGCUACAGAUAGAAUUUGUCGUUCUGAACGAAUUUAAGCAUCUCGCCAACGGCGGCAUCACGGGUGUUAACGGGUCCUUUGGAAGAGGAUCCGAUGAUUUCUCACAAUUUCGUGCUGGACCUCUGGAUAUACCAAAAGUUAAUAGUGCUGGCGCAUAUAAUAACUCGGGCGUGUCGGUGGUUGUGUCGGCUGGUGGGCCACCAUCGUCAAGGGUAAAUCGGUCUGAUUCAUCCGGGACACAUGGCCAGCGCGCGGAGCAACCCGAUGCUCUUGAAGCCCAAUACCUAGGGAGGUAUGGUGUGGCUAUGUAA